AUGCCCCGCGCACCUCGUAGAGCCGCCAAUCCGGGCAGAGAUGGCACAACGACCACACCCACAAGACCAAUCGCAACCAACGCCAUCACCGCAGCCAUUCCUCCUUUCAUGCUUGAGACACCGCCACACGCGGCCUUCUUAACCACUCCCAUACCCCCGUCCAACAAUCCAGGCCAAGUCGCUGCCACCGGAACGAACGCUCCUCCUCGUCAUCACGGCCAACGCCAUCAGACACCCACCGACAAUGACAACGAUGGGCUAGAGACCUCACAGGUCUCACACAAUGCGUUAACGGCAGCUACUUCAGAGACGGGACAUAUAGAUGAACAGUCAUAUCUCGAGUCGAUUCAACAUGACGCUGAGGAUAUUAAGCAACUUAAAGGGUUGAGGGACAUCUCAUCUUUGGCUACAUGGACACUUUCAUCGGCAAAACCUGGUUGUGCUUUGGCCCAGCUGCGAAACCCAAGUCCGACCACCUUUUGGCAGAGCGACGGCCCUCAACCUCACACUCUGACACUACAUUUUUUCAAAUUGGUGGCCAUAGUCAAGAUGAGAAUACAUCUGGACUUUGAGUUGGAUGAAUCGUACACACCGACCAAGAUGAAAUUCUUCGCUGGCAUGUCCGAGGGUGGCUUGGUGGAGUUUGGGUCGUGGGAAGUCAUAGAAACUACAGACCCUGAGACCGGUGAAACUCAAAGCAGUAUUGAAGGCAUCAGGGGUUGGAUCGACAUACCAUUGAAAGGCGUUGGAGGGAGAGAAUCACGAUACCAUGAACACGAAGCUGGACUACUAAAUGAUGACCUUGAUGGACAAAUGACAGAUCAUAUGACCGAACCUAGGGAUGAGCUCGCAGGGGGCGAUGUGCUCAAAGCCAUGGUGGUACAGGUUCGCAUCUGCGAGAACCAUCAGAAUGGCAAAGACACCCACGUCCGAGGAUUUCAAGUCUUUGCUCGUGACACGAAUAAGAGUGGAGAGAUCCGGACUGUUACCCAAACUUCAAGCUCUUCGACAUUGAUCAUUGCCGCAAUCAAUCAUUUCCUGAAACUUAUCCACAACAUCUCUAGGGAUACCAUGCUCAGCCUCCGAUGGUCUCUGCUCCUUCUUCUCUCUUCAGCGAUAUCCUUACCAUGCGUGGUCUUGUUAACACAAACAGCCCCUAGGCUCCGAACCCAGCAGCAAUGUCAAGAUCUCAUGAAACAUGGUCGAUGGUCGGAAACUCUCUUCCACAGGUCCCAUCCACGCACCUGGAUACCAAAAAACUGUAUCCUGCAUACUCACACUACUCCCGAUACCCAAACCUGUCUCCAGACCCACCAGCUAGCCUUUCUAGGGGACUCUACCGCCAGGGAGGCAUUCUGGGCAAUAGCGAAAAAAUUGAAUGACACACACUUCCAAGAAUUGAGUACUGGUGUUGGAAAACACCAAGAUAUCACCUUUACGUCCGGUACAAUCAUUCUGAAGUUCUUCUGGGACCCUUUUCUCAACAACACCAACUUCAUUGAACAUUUUCAUGACCGGCAGCCCCCCCUCGCUGGAGGCAACACAUCUACGUUCAUUUUGGGUGCUGGACUGUGGCAUAUUAAGCAUCUCGGGGCUUCCUAUUCCUCUUCUUUCUCAGAAUCUCUGCUGCGAUCUCUGUCAUACACGUCAUCUCUGAGUGCAGAGACCUUACUGCUUCCCAUCUCUACCUCGACCAACCUGCAGGCCGUUGGGAGUAGUUUGCAAAUCUUCGAUCCAGCAAAGAUCAAUGAGCUGAACAGUGCCAUGAAUAAUCUUCCCCGCCAUACAUAUCACCAUCUUUAUGUCAAAAGCCUUCUCGGCGUCAAGAAUGGUGGUCCCUGGGUAUAUCAGGAAGAUGGAAUGCACCUAGUCGAUCAUCUUGCAACCUUGCAAGCAGAUAUUCUCCUCGGCUACAUCUGCAGAGGCCCCAAUCACAACUCACAACUACACCACCGACAGUCCCGAUGUUGCAUUCCACCCCCUUCUCCCUCUACCACACAACAGUUCAUAUUAUUCACAGCCCUCGUGGUCUUUAUUAUGGACAUGAUGCCGAGAAUUUUGAGUCCACUGCGUCGAAGACACGAUUUUUUCGCGGCCUCGCUUACAAACCACAUUCCUGGGGAAACCAUGCAGGGAGGUGCACUAUUGGCCUUUGUUUUGCUGUACUGUUUCGUGGCUGAUCGAACAACGUUCCUGGCUAGUUCGCCCAAGGUUAUGGAUAAGGAUGCUUUCAUCACCCUGCUACUCACGACUUUCGUCCUUGGAUUCGCAACGAUGACACAAGAUGUCUCGAAGGCCAAUCCAACUGGCAGUCUGAUAGCCGCCCAGCCCUAUCAAAUUCUGAGCCGAAGUCAAACUGACGAGUGGAAAGGAUGGAUGCAGACGGUGAUCCUGUUGUAUCACUUUUUUGGCAUGUCGAAAGUCUUAUGGUCAUAUCAGCUUGCUCGACUCCUAGUGUCAUGCUACCUCUUUAUGACAGGGCAUGGUCAUGCAAGCUAUUUCAUUCGAACUGGCGAUUUUUCCCUGCAAAGACUGUUGACAGUGUUAUUGAGGACGAAUCUCCUGAGUAUAAUGCUUGCUUUUGUCAUGGAUACUCACUAUGAUCUCUACUACUUCCCCGUCCUGACGAGUAUUUGGUUUCUCAUCACAUACAUCACCCUGUUUCGAUCUUCGCAGACCCGCCAUAUCAGAGACACGGUAUGGCGAAUAUCAAUUUCGUGUCUUUGUUUCAGGACAGCUCUUGUCAUGGAGAGCGAGGUUCGAACGAUUGCCGAAAGACUUGUUCCUGCAAAGCUUAGCCUCCUGCACAUCAACGGAAGAGAGCUUGUGUUCAGAUUGAAACUUGACGCCUAUGUCGUUUAUGCUGGAAUGCUUAUGGCAGUAGUACAGGCCAACCACGAGCUUUUCAGAGGCCAAUCCUUGUUGAAUAGACUCGGACUCUUCUGUGGGUCUUUUAUGCGAAUAGUGCCAAAUUCCCUGACCGUGCUGGGACUAUUAGGUCUAUUCAUGUACAGCAUUCUCUGUGCCUGCUUCAAGGACAAGUAUGCUUACAGCCGGUGGCAUCCGAUGCUAUCACCAUUUGCUGUCCUGUCAUACGUUGCACUAAGAAACUCUCAUCAGAAGAUUCGCAAUCAUCAUAGCCGAGUCUUUGCCUGGUUUGGUCGUUGUUCACUGGAGACUUUUAUGCUGCAAUAUCACAUUUGGUUGUGCGACGACACUAAAGCGCUGCUUCGCUUGAGGCCGCUGGACUUGCUACGAGUACACGGGUCAAGUGGCAUUGGAUAUUGGGAAGAUUUGCUCGAAGUCGUCAUAACAACGUCGAUAUUCCUGUGGACAAGUUCGGCGUCAUCUCGUGCCUUGUCCAUGAUUGUGGCCAAGACCAUAGGGACUGCAGAAGGCUGCAUACCGAACACACAAGAUAAGAAAGGUGGCCAUGUGAUGCAUCAUCUGCACCAAGUCCUGGGGAGGGACAGUCGUCGCCUAAAGUACAACCUUGUCGUUAAGUCGGCGGUGGCAUUGCUGUCACUAUGGCUGCUAAACGUCAUGUACGAAAUUCUAUAA